AUGUAUGUGAAAUGGUUUGAUACAGUAAUGGAAUACUAUGUGAUUUUAGUGAUUUUAGUGAAUGUCACUUUUUGUCAUUUUUGAAUUUCCCGCCGUUCCGUCCCCCGUAUGUCCCGACGCUCACAGGGGACGGAACCCAGAUGACAGAUGCCGGCAUCCGCCGGAUUACAUUGUCGGGGACACUGCAGGAGGGACAUCGUGGGAGCGCAGGACAAGGUAAGUGAUACAGGGAUCCCGGAGCAGCGCCGCAUGGUAUUCCCCAGUGUAGCUCGGGGUUACCGCUUGUGCUACACUCGGGAAUACCGCCAGGGAGGU